CAAAUAUGCCACAAAUAGUGGUGACGCCUUGGAGGCAUCAUUCGGAACUUGUCAAAGUUCGCGCACAAUUUUAUCCUCCUCCGCAUGCCCAGGAAGACGAGCGACGAAAUGCAGUCAACCUGGUCGGAGCCUGGAAACUUAGAGGAAACCUCCCUCAUACCGUAGAAUCCACUGCCCUCCUAACCGAUGCAAUGCUUAACGAUGAAGGAACCAGCUCGUCAAGCUAUUCGAUCCGAGCAACAUAUGCGACUGCUUUUUGCAGAUUCGUCACUGGGCUGAUGGAUUCCAACCAAACCAAGGGACGAAAGCAAUCGAUGUACGAGCUUGCCAAACAAGUCGGUCUGCCCGCAUCGUUUGUCGAACUCCGUCAUCAAGCUACACACGAAGAAAUACCACCGCUCCUUGUCCUUAGACAGGCCGCAUCCCGUUCGCUACAAUGGCUUUGGCGGUACUAUUGGUGCUCAAUUGAUGUGCGAAGCGAUAUACUAGAGGGAGAAGACGAUGUAGCUGAGGAGGGAUUGAUACCGAUCAAGGACAAAUUCCGAGAACUAUUGCGACCCCACGUCAAAGCUCAAGUCGAACAAGCAAAACUAGGGAAAUUUUCAUACCGAUCAAACGAGCUUUCAAACAAAACUUAUGCAGAUAUCUGUGACCGUUGUCUCAGCAUUUGUAAAAAGAAACAAGAGGACUUCCGCGUGCUCGCUGGGGUUUUACUGGAGACUAAGUUCCUUGUCCCUUCAAACAGAAGCCUUGGUUCUGGUAUGGAGGCUGCAUUUGCGAUGUGGGAUGACUUUCUCAAAUACCUUACUGGACGCGAGCGAGAUUUUCUUUCGGCAGUCUUAGAGGAGAUGGCGGCCAUGCUCGUACAGCCAUCGCGCCUCGAUAUCAAAAUUGAUGCGUAUCGUGAAGCCGUCUACCUUUGGCUCAUUCACCUUCUCGAAUCCGACACGUGGAAAGCAAGAAGACGAAGAUGCUUUUCAAGCGUGAGAAGCGUAAUAGCGACGUGCAUCAUGAGUCCGAACCAUUGGACUCGCCGAGUCUCAACACGUCUUGUUGAGUCUGGAAGCCAAGAACUCAAAGACGAAUUUGGAGAGCUGGUGGAGUUGCAAACUAUAGAGAUGGGAGAGAUCGAAGGGGGUUCCAAGUCGAAUGAAGAGGAGAAGGCUGCGGCGUACAGCAAUAACUACGCACGGCUUCUGGAAAAGGAGACUACGGAUGAAGACCGCGUUGGGAAUGAGGAUCGGCGACUGAAACGUCAGAAGACGCAGCCAUCCUUGCAGAACGGGUGGUCAAAAUGGGAUGGCCCAUGGCUGCCAAAGCCUAUCGGCGUCGUGUAAAAGGCUUGUUUUUGGGAACGGCGUUUCGGGAUAAAGGGAAAAACUCACAGGUAGGCCGUAUUUGGAUGACAUUCAUAGAUUAUUUAUACCUCCAUCGCAGAAAAGUGCGAAGAAUUUUUUGUAAAAGAUAGCUUAAAAUUUAUACCUGUAAUGGCGAC